AUGAACAAAAUAUUUUGGCGUUUUUCUAUUGUAAUUACCUCUUUGAUUAUUGCGGCGGGCUUUAUGUUUGUUCUUUUGAGCUAUACAAUUUUCAAUGUUAAAAUUUAUCCGACUAUAAAAGGAGGAAGCCCCGUUUCAAAACUCCCGUCUAUUGAUAAAACUAUAACAGAUUUAAUCGCUCAAUCAUCACCACCAUCAGUUAUAUCGAAUGCUAAUCAAACUCUUUCGGUGAAUCCUUUGAAAAAAGCUAUAGAAUGCAGAGACGUGACAUGUGCAUUCAAGGAUUUUGAUUUUUCUUUUAUAAAUAACAAUCCAAAAUAUGAAUUUUCCCAAAAUAUUUUUUUAAAUAGAAAAAAUGGCUUUGUUUUUAAUUUUCUAAAUAAUAUUAACAGCAGUAGUAAUAAUAAGAAUGCAUUAUCAAUCCCAAUAGCAGCAACAAUAAAGCUAUUGAAUCAGUGGAAAGCUUGUCGAAUUGAUAAUGCUAUAAGAAUUGGUAAUGCUUAUUCGGCGUAUAACAAUAUGAUACAGGAAAACAUCAAACCAGAUGUUUAUACUUAUUUAUCAUUGAUAAUUGGAUGUGCGAGUAAAUUAGAUUUAGAUCUUGCUUUAACAACAACAGACAAUUUGGUGAAUUCAAUUUAUAUAAUUCCAUAA